AUGUUCUCUUUUCUUUUUUUCUUUUUCUUUCCUUUCGUUCUUUCUUUCCUUCCUUUCUUUCCAUUUUUCUCAUCUUCUUUUUUCUCUUUUCAUCCUUCCCAUGUUUCUUUCCUUUUAUCUUUCUAUCUUUCUUCCUUUUUUUUCUUUGCAUUUUUCUUAUCUUCUUUUUUCUCUUUUAAUAUUUUCUCUCUUUUUUCCCUUUCUUUCUUUCCAUUUUCUCAACGUCUUUAUCUUUAUACUUCCAAUAUUUUAUCUUCAUUCAUUCUGUUAAUUCUCGCUUUCUUCAUAUGUAUUAUUCGUUCUAUAUAUCAUUUUUCUUUCUUUCUUUCUUUCUUUCUUUCUUUCUUGCAUUCAUUUUAUCUCAAUGUCUCCCUUACCAUUCAUUUUAAUCUACAUUUAAUCAGUCAUUCAUCAUCUCGUUUUAUUGGCACUUGUUCUUCCCAGUGUAUAUGGCUUUAUCUUCAUUCAUUCAUUUCUUUUCUUUCUGAAAUAAUUCUUUGCGUUACAGAAUUCUUUCUUUCAUGCAUUCUUUAUUUAUAUUAUUCAUCUCUUACUUCUCACUUUCUUUUGACUUAUUUCUUUUCUUUCCACAUUUAUUUCUUCAUUCAUUCUUUUCUUUCUUUCUUUACCUUAUUUCUUGUUACUUUCUUUUUUUCCACAUUUCUUCUGCUUUUCCUUGUUUUUUUUUUUACAUUUUUUUCUUUCUUUUUUUUCUUACUUUGCCUUGCUUUUUGUUAUUUUCAUUCUUCCACAUUUCUUUCUUUUUUUCUUUCUAUUUGCCUUAUUUCUUGCUAUUCUUUCUUUUACUUCUUUCUUCAUUUCUUCCUUCCAUCCUUUCUUUCUUUCUUUAUUUCUUUCUUCCUUUCUUUCUUUCUUUUCUUUUCUUUUUUUUUCUUUGCCUUGUUUCUUGUUAUUGUCCCUUCGUCUUGUUUCAUGUUAUUCUUUCCUCUUAUUCUUUUUUUUCUUUUUCUUUUUUCUUUCUUUCUUUCUUUCUUUCUUUCAUACUUCUUUCUUUCUUUAUUUCUUUCUUUCUUCCUUUGCCUUGUUUCAUGUUACUGUCUUUCCCCUAUAUUCUUUCUUUCUUUCAUACUUCUUUCUUUCUUUAUUUCUUUCUUUCUUUCUUUGCUUUUUUUCUUGGUACUGUCCUUCGUCUGUAUUCUUUCUUUCUUUUUUCUUUCUUUCUUUCUUUCUUCCUUUCUUUCUUUCUUUCUAUACAUCAACUAA